AUGUGGCACGAGGCGCGGCGGUCGGAGAAGCGCGUGCACGAGAUGAUGGACGCGGCGAAGAAGCGCGCCGAGCGGCGCGCGGAUCAGCGGUCUCGGCGUGCGGGGGAUCCGACGCAGCUGCUGCGCGUGGCGGGCACCAAGCUCCGCCUGGCGCACGACUCCGCCGUCUACCAGUCCGCGCAGGACCUCCCCUCUUUUUUCUUGCCCUCCUGCUGCCCUCCCUUUUGUUUCUUUCCUCUGCGCCUCGCUUUUCGCUGCACCGCGCUUUGCUGUUUCUGGCUGCUCCUCGCUCCUUUCGCUGUGCCCCGUGCUCCUCUCGUCUUUCUCUGCUCUGCUGGUCUGCGCGUUUUCUUCCUUCCUCUUCACUCGACCACGCUGCAGCAUCCCGUGGAACAACAGAGAAGACACACUCAUAGACAGCACAGGUAUGACGGGCGAGCCAUGCUGGAUUUCAUUCGGGAGUGUGACCCGCACAGGCAUGGGGCGAGGGAGCUCACAGAGCAGCAAGAGGAGGAGGAGGAGGCGUGUAACUUUGAACGAUACCGGGACCUUGUGCGGCUGGGCUGGGAUGCGAAGACGGAGGAGGAGGGAUUGCAGCAGGUGGAGCGAGAGAUGGAGGCCAGAGCCCACGCUCAGCUUAAAGCCAACAGGCCAAAACUGCCUGCUGCGGCUACACCAGCAUCCGCAGCAACACCAGCAGCAGGGAAGGGGGCUUACGCUAACAUGCCGUUUUCUUAUGGAAGCAGUGACAUUAAUGCAGGUGACUGUAACGAGGAUGAGGAAGAGGAGGAUGAGGAGGACGAGGAGGAGGAAGGGGAGGGGGAUGGGGGGGAGGGGGGAGACGUGGAGGAAUACGGUUGGAUGUCUCCUGGUGGGCGGCAGCGUUUGGCAGAUAUGGCGGAGCGGUACGGCAUCGAGGAGUACGGCCGGCACAUGGAUUUGGCAGUAUCUGCCUUGGAGAAAGAGAAGAGGCUGCGACAGAUGGCAGGCAAUGAUUCGCGCCCUUCACGCAAGGAGAGGAAGAAGCUUGCUCGGCAGGGAAAGGAAGGGGGAGGCCAGGGGAAGAAGCAGCAGGGGAAAGGGGAGGGAUGGAAGCAGCAGGGGCUGGUGCGAGUUGGGGGGCACACCGAGGGGCAGAGGGGGCACGAUGACAGAGGGAGGGACAGGGGGAGAGAAAGAGAUUGGGAUAGGGAUAGGGAGAGGAGAAGGGAGGGGGACAGGUGGGACAGGGAUUUUGACAGAAGCAGGGAUAGGGAUAGGGAUAGGGACAGAGAGCAGGAGAGGGCUAGGGAGAGGGAUAGGGGCAGAGGGGAAGACGCAGGGGGAAGGGGGUCAAGAGGGGAUGGGGAGAAGGAGGGCGGGAUAGAGUUUAUCACUCAGUUUGGCGGGGGUGUGGGAGGGGAUGAGGGCUUUGCACUCGCCAGCUAUCAGCCGUCGCUUACUUACAUCAUCCACGCUGCCUCGAGUGGCAGGGGCGGCGGGCAAGGGAGCAGAGGGAGGGGCGAAGGAGACCCCACAGGAAAGGCUGAAGCGGCUGAUGGCAAAGCAGCUGAACAAACACAUCAAGAAGGAUACAGCAGCAGAGAAAGCAAAGAAGGAGGAGCAGGAGAGAUUGAAGAGAGCCAAGCUGGAGGAAACCCGGCGUGCUGCUGCUAG